AUGACGAGCGUGUGGCGCCGACUGCAGCUCCGGAUCGCAGGCACCACGCCUGCGCGGCGCUUCCAAGAGGAGGCGGAUGUGGGCGUUGUCGCGGUGCUGAGCUGCUUUCGGAGCCUGAAGCUGGACCCGCAGAACGCCAACAAGGAGCAUGAGGAGCUGUUUGACCAAGCUGUGGAGAUUGUUGGCACGAAGAAGUUCGAGCAGCAGAAGCAGUAUGUGCAAGGCGAGGUCGCCAAGCAGGUCCAGAGCUGUUUUGAAGCUGUGCUGCGCAUGCCCAAGGACUCGGAGAAGAACGUGCCAAAGAUGUCGCUGUCUGGCUUUGAGCGCACAACUGAAGUGGAGGAGAAGCUCGGUAUUUCCGACAAUUUCCAGAAGCUCUUCGGGUUCACUUUGAAUGUGGAGAAAUCCAGCGUUCCUGACGCAGGUGACGGUGUGAAGCUUCGUGGUUCCGCUCCGAUUGGGUCGCUGGUGGCUCUGUACCCUGGCAUCGUCUACCUGCCAGAGCACUACAAGAAGAAACACUACCUUAGCGAGCUUUCGAAUAACCCGUACGCUCGAGCCCGAUUCGACAGUGUGAUCAUUGACGCCAAGAAUGAGUCCUCGAAGCCUCGCAACCCGCUCGCUGUGGCACACAAGAUCAACCAUCCUCCCAACGGAACCCCUCCUAACGUCCUUGGAUUCGCCUUCGAAUUUCCCCCGGAAGAGCCAUUCACCACGAAGGAAUUCGAUGAGCUCAUUCCGAAUAGCUUUGUGAAGGAGCCUUCACGCCUCUCCAUGUUUGGCAAACGAGCUAUCGUGCAUAGUCUGGCCUUCAUCGCAACGGCGGACAUUGCAGACGAGGAAGAGCUGUUCCUCAACUACCGAUACAACCCGGACCACCAACUGCCUGAAUGGUACACACCUGUCGACGUCGAAAGUGACCGCGCAAUGUGGAAAUGA